CCGACCCGUCUCUCCCCUCGCUUCCGCGAGCCCUAAGGAUGAAUCCUUUUUGAGGGGCAUUCUCGCUGUCGAUUCUUGUGAUUUAUUUCCGUACUUAUUCGUUUUCCCAACCUUCUCGGAGUUUUCUGAUGAUAAAGCAUGUGGGCACAGCUGUAAAAUUGCUUCAUUUUGAUCUCUGAAAUCUGAAUCAUUGCCUAUGAGUUUCAACUGAUGAAAUUACAUAUUGAAAUGCUGGGUAGCAUUGCCUUCAUCCAACCAUCCCUGGACACCAGAAUGAUGGAAGUCUUUAUGAUGAUAAAAUUUAAGUACUUGGCAUUUUUGCAUAGUCCAUAUGAAGCGCAAAGAUUAUUAGGCGGAAGCUUCAUUUGAUGCUUUCCUCUAAUUUUUUAUAUUACAUAAUAUCUAAGUAAUAAUUUAUAGGUAUUUAGGCUUUGGAUGAAGCUAUUUAAACCUUGGGUUGGCAGACAAGUGAUUUCUGUAUCAUUGCAUUUCACCUUCACUUGAGAAGAAAUUCUUCACUUAGAUUGGUUUCAGAAAUCAUCAGAAAAUGCCUUCACUGCAGUUAUUGCCAUUAACUGAACAUGGGCGAAGCCUUCUGGUAUCUAGGAGGAGAACGUUGGCAGCAGUCUCAGCUGUGUUAGUGGCUGGUGGAACUUUUGCAUACAUGCAAUCACGUCAGAGUCGAAUAUCUCUUAAUUCACAUGAUUCUUUAAAUCACAUCACUUCUAGAGAAAACGAAGAGAGUUUGAGCCAAAAUAGUGUUAAUGAUCAGCUGGUUCGACCAGCAAUGCAGAGAAGAAAAGGAAUGAGAUCUUUACAUGCUUUAGCUGCAAUCUUGCUCUCCAGGAUGGGGCCAAAUGGCAUGCGCAACCUUCUGUUCUUAGUGACUACUGCGGUAUUGAGAACUGCCUUGAGUCACAGAUUGGCAAAAGUUCAGGGAUUUUUAUUUCGGGCUGCUUUUCUUCAGCGAGUACCCACUUUUUUGCGCUUAAUUGCUGAGAAUCUUCUUUUAUGUUUUCUCCAGUCCACUUUGUAUUCAACUUCAAAGUACUUGACAGGAGCCUUAGGUCUACGAUUCAGAAAAAUUUUGACAGAACUGAUACAUUCUGAUUAUUUCGAGAAUAUGGUGUACUAUAAAAUCUCACAUGUCAGUAAUCGAACCAGCAGCCCAGAGCAGCGGAUUGCUAGUGAUAUACCAAAGUUUUGUUCUGAAUUGAGUGACCUUAUACAAGAGGAUCUCACUGCAGUUGCUGAUGGUCUGAUAUAUACCUGGCGCCUUUGUUCAUAUGCAAGUCCAAAAUAUGUGCUCUGGAUACUGGCAUAUGUCUUAGGGGCAGGUGCAGCUAUUAGGAACUUCUCUCCUGCAUUUGGAAAACUAAUGUCCAAGGAGCAACAGUUGGAAGGGGAUUAUCGGCAGCUUCACUCACGAUUAAGGACUCAUGCUGAAAGUGUAGCGUUCUAUGGAGGAGAGAAUAGAGAAGCAUCUCAUAUCAAAGAGAAGUUUGAGAAGCUUAUAAAACACUUGAACAUUGUGCUUCAUGAUCGUUGGUGGUUUGGAAUGAUUCAAGACUUCCUCUUGAAGUACCUUGGUGCUACUGUUGGGGUGGUCCUGAUUAUUGAGCCCUUUUUUGCUGGUAAUCUUAGACCUGAUGCUUCAACACUAGGAAGAGCAGAAAUGUUGAGUAAUCUUCGUUAUCAUACAAGUGUGAUUAUGUCGCUUUUCCAAUCACUCGGGACUCUCUCCAUCAGUUCUGCACGACUUAACCGUCUCAGUGGUUAUGCUGACCGCAUUCAUGAUCUAAUGAUUGUUGCAAAGGAGCUAUCUGCUACCUACAACAGAUCAGUGAUUCAGAGAAGUACCAGUGGAAAUUAUAUCAGUGAAGCAAAUUAUAUUGAGUUUGCAGGUGUUCAGGUAGUUACACCGACCGGAAAUGUAUUGGUGGAUGAUUUGAGUCUCAGGGUAGAAUCAGGCUCUAAUCUACUAAUCACUGGUCCCAAUGGAAGUGGGAAAAGUUCUCUCUUCCGGGUUCUUGGAGGUCUUUGGCCACUGGUAUCUGGCUACAUUGUAAAACCUGGGAUUGGUUCAGAUCUCAAUAAGGAGAUUUUCUAUGUGCCACAACGGCCAUAUACAGCAGUUGGGACACUUCGUGACCAGUUGAUUUAUCCCCUUACAGUGGAUCAAGAGACUGAACCACUCACCCAUGAGGGAAUGGUUGAGCUCUUAAGAAAUGUUGAUCUUGAGUAUUUGCUAGAUCGUUACCCAUUGGAAAGGGAAAUUAACUGGGGAGAUGAGCUUUCCCUUGGUGAACAACAGAGGCUUGGAAUGGCUAGGUUGUUUUAUCAUAAGCCUAAGUUUGCUAUUCUUGAUGAGUGUACAAGUGCAGUCACAACCAAUAUGGAGGAACGCUUCUGUAAGAUGGUUCGAGCAAUGGGGACAUCAUGCAUAACAAUCUCACACCGACCUGCUUUAGUUGCAUUCCAUGACAUAGUUUUGUCAUUAGAUGGGGAAGGAGGAUGGAGAGUCCAGUUUAAGAGAAAAACUCAAUCCCUUCCUUCUGAGACAAUUCCUGAUUUACCAAAUUCAUCAGAAAUUAAUCGUCAAAAUGAUGCACUAGCUGUUCAAAGAGCUUUUUCUACCAGUGGAAAGGGAAACACAUUAUCAGAAUCAGAGGUUCAUCCGUAUUCUAGUAGGAUCAUUAUAUCAUCACCUGAAAUUGACAAGAAAGUUCCACUUCCAAUUGCUCCGCAACUGCAGAAGCCUCCAAGGGUGCUGCCGCAUAGAGUUGCUGCAAUGUUCAAUGUACUGGUUCCCUCCCUAUUUGAUCGACAAGGCAUGAAGUUGUUUGCAGUUGCUUUACUUGUGGUGUCUAGAACAUGGAUCUCAGAUCGCAUUGCUUCCUUGAAUGGGACCAGUGUAAAGUAUGUCUUGGAACAGGACAAAGCAGCCUUUAUUCGGUUGACUGGUUUAAGUGUUCUUCAAAGUGCUGCAAACUCUUUCGUUGCACCUACAUUAAGGCAUCUCACUGCCAGGCUUGCCCUUGGAUGGCGAAUUCGAUUAACUCAUCAUUUACUUAAAAAUUAUCUGAAGAGAAAUACUUUUUACAAGGUGUUCCACAUGUCUGGUAAACAUAUUGAUGCAGAUCAGAGAAUAACACAUGAUGUUGAAAAGUUGACUUCUGACCUCUCAGGAUUGGUUACUGGUAUGGUAAAACCAUCUGUAGACAUUAUUUGGUUCACAUGGAGGAUGAAACUCUUAAGUGGAAGAAGAGGAGUUGCUAUAUUGUAUGCUUAUAUGCUUCUGGGUUUGGGCCUUUUGAGAAGUGUCGCUCCAGAAUUUGGUGAUCUAGCAAGUAAGGAACAACAGCUUGAGGGGACUUUUAGGUAUAUGCACUCAAGACUACGCACACAUGCUGAAUCUAUUGCUUUCUUUGGUGGUGGUUCUCGGGAAAAAGCAAUGCUUGAUUCAAGAUUCAGGGAAUUGCUUCAGCACUGUGAGAUCCACCUGAGAAAUAAGUGGCUAUAUGGUAUACUGGAUGAUUUCAUCACAAAACAACUCCCGCACAAUGUAACUUGGGUACUAAGCCUAUUGUACGCUGUGGAGCAUAAAGGCGACCGUGCACUGACUUCCACUCAAGGGGAGCUUGCACAUGCACUGCGGUUCUUAGCAUCUGUUGUGUCGCAAAGCUUUUUAGCAUUUGGAGAUAUUCUUCAGUUGCAUAAGAAGUUUCUUGAGCUCUCUGGUGGUAUAAAUAGGAUUUUUGAGCUCGAAGAACUUUUUGAUGCUGCCCAAAACGAGAGUUCUUUACCUGAUGCUUCUUUGUGCUCUGAUGCAAAUGACACCCAUGCUCAAGAUAUUAUUUCAUUCAGAAAGGUGGAUAUUAUUACUCCAUCACAAAAGCUACUGGCUAAGCAAUUGACUUGUGAUAUCGUACAUGGGAAAAGUCUACUUGUUACUGGUCCAAAUGGGAGUGGAAAAAGUUCCCUUUUUAGAGCUCUUCGAGGCUUAUGGCCAAUUGUAUCUGGAAGUCUUGUGAAGCCCUGCCACAACAUGUUUUAUGUUCCACAGCAGCCAUAUACAAGCCUAGGGACUUUGAGGGAUCAAGUCAUAUAUCCUCUCUCACGUGAAGAAGCAGAGCUGAGGAUGAUAUCUAUGGUCAGAACUGGCAGUGGUUCUGAUGCUACUCUUCUCCUGGAUGCUCACCUAAAAACUAUUCUAGAAGGUGUUAGAUUAGUUUAUCUUCUUGAACGAGAAGGCUGGGAUGCUACUGCUAACUGGGAAGAUGUUCUCUCUUUAGGAGAACAACAGAGGCUUGGAAUGGCCCGCUUAUUCUUCCACCACCCUAAAUAUGGUGUCCUGGAUGAAUGUACCAAUGCCACUAGUGUUGAUGUUGAAGAACACCUGUACAGACUAGCAAAUGAAAUGGGGAUAACAGUUAUCACAUCCUCGCAGAUGCAUGGAUGGAUCCAGAUGGACCAGAUCUCCACUAGAUGCGUAGUUAUCUCAAAGGCGAAGUUUGUUCUUCAGAAAUAUUCGCGCCAUAAGACGACUCUGACUCAGAUUCGUAGCAGGAUAAUAGCAAUGUCUAUGCCUGAGAUGUUGACCAAGGCAUAUUAUUCAGAUAGAAAUUAUACAAGGGCUUGCAUCUGACACUUAAAAGAUGCUGAUAGUGGUUGGAUGCUCCUAAACAACAUUAUUUUAGAAUAAGAUGUCAUUGUUUGACAGAUUGAUUGAAAUAAUUCUCAGAAUUGACUCCUGUUAUCAAAUUCCAAUAUCGACUGGUUCAACUUGGUUGCAUGGGGUGGGGGAGACUGAGAAAUUGUCACCAUAACCAUAUGGAUAGAGAGGAAAGUCUUAGAUGAUUGUUGUAUUUUUUUGACACAUUUUUUCCUAGUGUUAUUUUUUAAAUUCUUCUGAGUAAAUGUAAAUUUUGCUGGAUGUUUUUGGAUCCAGAUUUAUUUAACUUAAAUAAUUGUGGUGUACAUUAAUUACUUUUUAAUGCCUUCUGCUGUUAGUGAAUUACAAGAUUUCUUUGUCAA